AUGAAGACUUCCGUCGCCGUCUCUCUUCUCCUCGCCGCUGCGGCCGAGGCCCGAUUCGGCCAAGAGCAGGGCAACGGAGCCAUUGCCGCUAUCCAGGCAUUGUCAAACUUGGGCCAACCCGGACAGGCUGCCACUCUGGCCGGCAACGCUAUCCAAUUCCUCCUCGCUGCUGCAAACCCUUGUGGCAAGCUCACUCACGCAGAUUCAAUUCUGGAGGAGCUGGGCACGAGUGACGCUGCCGUUGCAGCAGCCCGUGGCCUCGUUGCGGCUGAGCAAAACUUCAACCCCUUUGUCGUCAGCGUCCCUUCCAUCUGCUCGGACACCACUCUGCCGAAAUCCGCCCAACUCCGUGGUGUCGUCCCCCUGAUUGACCCUGCAGUUGGCGGAUCGGAUCUCGAAAACAAGAAUGCGGCGGCUUCCAAGACGAAGCCGUUCGCAGCCGACGGCCUCAGCGUCGCCCAAGUCAUGGUCCAGAAUGGCUUCUCCAACUUUACGGCUGUUGCUUUGGACGGCAGCAAGCAGGACGUCUCGGGAGCAUCACCAGCUGCUGGAUCGUCUGCUGCCGCACCAGUCGCCACCUCGGCCUCGGCAGCACAGGCUUCUGUUCCUCCGGCGACUGCGGUGAACAACCAGGGAUGCAACAGCAUCGCGCUCCCAACCACCAUGAUUACCAUUACGAGGACUGCUGUUGUGACUUCGGUGGCAACUGCUGAGGCUUCCAGCGCUCCCGCUUCGUCUGGCAAUACCUCCACUGGCAAUGCUUCAUCUGGCAGCUCAUCAGCUCAAGCCGGAACCUGCACCGGCGGCGGCAGCACUCUCGCAUGCACUGCUCCCGGUGCAGGUUCCGGGGCCGUCAAGAACGCCGUCACGGGCAACUUUGACGGCUUCGUCGCCUCGACCAUUGCAGGCCUGGACUUUGGACUCUGCGUGCCCACCAUCAAGUUCGAGGCCGGUCUCGACGGACGAUCCGACACCGAGUUCACCUUUCAGGCAAUCGACCCCCUUGUCAACAAGGGCCAGGAAGAGGCGCUCAACCCCAACAUCAUCACCAACCGGAUCCACGACCAGCUCACCAACGUGUGCGGAGCCAACGCGGCGGCCAAGGCUGCGGUUGCCGAUGCUCAGGCCAAGAUUUCGGCGCUGGGAACCAGGAAUGCAGAUACUGCCAACACAUGGAACUCGCUUCUUGGAUUUGCAAACACAAACAUUAACCCUGACAAUGCGCCUCAGGCCGGCCUCGUUGGUCACACCUAA